UGGGAAUCGUGUUUUUUUGUUUAAAUGUGAUUGGUGGAAUGUAGGAGAUAAAAGAAACGGAAUGAAGACAUAUGGUCAACUAGUGAGUGUUAAUACGAGUCGAAAAUGGUAUGUUAAUGAUCCCUAUGUACUAGCCACACAAGCAGAACAAGUUUUUUAUAUUGGUGACAUGAAAAAUGGAAGCAGUUGGAAAAUUGUGCAGAAAGUAUGUCCUAGAAAUGUAUAUGAUGUUCCAGAAAAUGUAGAAGAAGGUGAAAGGUUAAUUUUGAAUGAUGAACCAUAUCAACAAUAUGAGAUAAAUGAUGUUAUUGAGGUUGAACAAAUAGAUGCAGAAAAUAUAGGAUCAUUACUUCGAGAAGAUGUGUUUCCAGAUGAAAUAGAUGCUAGCAUUGUUGUUCCAAAUAAGAAAUUGGUCCAAACAAGAGAUGAAACUGAUGAUAGUUGUAGUGACGAAGAAGAUUACAAUGAAGAAGAUGAUACUAUUAUUGAUUAUUGUGAUGAUGAUGUUGAUGAUAAAGAAGAUGAUGGUGGUAGCGAAGAUGAUGAAGAUGAAGAUGACGGAUAAUUUUUCAAGAAGAGAUCACAAGAUCAAUUUAUGUUUUGAUCAUAUCUAGUACUGAAGAAUAAAAGUUUGCAAAAUUGUCGAAUGAUCACAAGAUGUGGUUUAAGUUUAAUGUGUGGAUUGCAUG